UGCUCAUCCAUUGUUCAUGUAUAAAUACUUUGAAAAUUCGAUGGCUUUCCUUUAAUAAUUGAAGAUAUAAGUUAUCCAUGCAAACAAAUUGCAGGUUUUACUUUCCAAUAUACACUCUGUUUUCAAAUUAAUCCAUUUACAAAAUUAAAUUGCCUGAAAUUCCCUGAUUUAGUCUUCCUUUGACAUUUAAUUUGACAUCUCUUAAUUAGCUUUUAAGGUGCUCGUAUCCUUAAUCUCCUCGGUUGCUAUCUCCUUCUUCCAGCAUUAAUCAGAUAUAUGGCGAGUAGAGAGUCAAUAAGGACGGUUGUUGGGAUUAUUGGAAACGUUAUAUCAUUCUUCCUCUUUCUAUCCCCAGUGCCAACGUUCAUUAAAAUAUGGAAAGCAAAGACGGUGAUGCAAUUCAGACCAGACCCAUAUGUUGUAACUGUGUUGAAUUGUGCAGUUUGGGUAUUUUAUGGAAUGCCUUUUGUUCAUCCAGAUAGUCUUCUUGUCAUCACUAUUAAUGGCAUCGGUCUCGUUAUUGAAUUAAUUUACGUUUCCGUCUUCUUUAUCUAUGCUGACUGGCCAAAGCGUAAGAGGAUUAUUAUUGUUUUGAUAGCUGAAUUAAUCCUUUUGGCGAUCGUCAUUUUCGUUACGCUUACUUUCCUUCAUGACACCAAGACCAGAUCUAUGCUCGUUGGUAUAUUGGCUGUCAUUAUGAAUAUUCUUAUGUAUGCUUCGCCCCUCACCGUCAUGCGUCGAGUCAUCAGCACCAAGAGUGUGAAAUACAUGCCAUUUUACCUCUCACUUGCAAACUUUGCCAAUGGAUGUGUUUGGUUCGCCUAUGCCUUCCUCAAAUUUGAUCCUUACAUCCUGGUACCCAAUGGUCUGGGAGCCUUAUCUGGAGCAGUUCAGCUCAUCCUUUAUGCAACAUAUUACAAAUCCACCAACUGGGACGAUGAUGGAAAGUCGAGUGAAAUUGAACUUCCAAGGAAUCCCACAGCCUAAUUCACU